CCGAAGUUCGAGGAUACACAAAACAGGAAACGGAAUAUCAUGCAUGUAAAUAACUUAAUCAAAAUAAAUCUUUAAUACCAUGCAGGCUAUAUAUCAGGUUCACGGACUUACUAGGCAAUAAAAUCACUGUGAAAACAACAUGAUUAUGUCUUAAAGUUAAAGAAACAUCCACAAGAUGAACAGUGGCGAAGAUUUAUCUCUUUCACUUGCAUUGUGUUGUGUAGUUUUUACACCAUUUAUCCUGCAGACAGUAGGACUGUUCACCCCACAUUGGGCCUCGAACUCAAACUGUGACACAGUUGGUUUGGUAUACAGUUGUUGCUCGGGUCAGAAUAAUAGCACGUGUGAAAAUACUAAAGGUGGAGAUGAACUCGAUGUGCGUGUUCUUGGCCUUGAGGCAACCGCCUUUGCUGUGAUGUUGCUGGCUGUGAUACUGGCUGUAUGGGGUGUGUGGUAUGAAUCUUGUCAAAAUGAUGAAGAGGAAUUUAGCACAUGGCCUGGAGUAAUGGGUUGCUGUCUUCUGCUUCUCUUGAUUGCAGGGUUAUUUAGUUUCAUCGGAUGUAUGAUUAUAGUGGGGAACUACAGCAUAUCACAGUUAGGAUGGUCGUUCCAUUUGUGUCUUGUUUCUGGGUGUUUCGUUUUCCUUCUUGCGAUAGGUAUUUGCUUAUGGGUCUUUAAAGGGAUGAGAGAGGAAAAACCUGUUACUGUCAAGCGCACUAACAUUGAUAUCUCUACGAAGACUUUGUGCCAAAUUUAAAGCUUAAAUAUACUAUUAGUGCGGUUGCCAUGAUUGCACUAUAUUUUAAGUUCAAGUUGUGCUUCGGCUGCGAAUUUAGCCUUCUUUCUACUAUUAUAUGUGGAAAAAAAACUGAGACAUUUACGUCCCUAAGAAUUUAUAGAAUAUCUCUAUUUAGAAAACAAAUUUAAUAACAAAUGUUUGCCAACUUGUAUUAUGCAACAUUUGGCAAUAUGUCUUAUUAGAAGGAACUAGGUGAAACAUUAACACUGCCGAAAAAAUAUCAAAAUCGGGCUGCAAGCAAAAAGACAUAUAUAGCCAUUUGAACACCAUCUAUAUGUAAUGAAACGGAAGCCAUUUUGGCACAGCGGCAUUUUCUUGAAACUUGUUGGACAUGUAUGCUUUUUCUAAUCAUAUUUUAUCUAGCAAACGAUAAUUCAUGUUUCAUCAUGCUUUCAAAUUCCUGUCAUGUAAACUUCAUUUUUUUAAAUGAAUUCCAGUCUUCCAGUCAUUCUUAUAAAAAGCACAUAUGCCCAUUAGAAAUAGUACUUUCUAUGAGGAGUUUGAAGAGCAAUUUUAUUUGUCAACAAGAAAAGUUACACAUUUAGGGGUGUUCAUACAAUAUAUAUUUCAGAUGGAUAUUUUGAUUUAAAGAUUGUUAGUAUACAGCGUAUUAAUGUUUUGCCCACUGUUGUAAUAGUGAUAUUUCUGUCAUCAUCAACUAUUUAAAAAGUAGGAGUUAAUGAAUAAAAAUUGUCUGAAAGUUGGUUUCAUCAUUUCAUUUACAACAGAACUGCAAGUAUAUCAUUCUUAUAACAUCACUAACUUCACUUUUGCAUAAACGAUAAUUUAAAUUUACAUUUUACCUUAACAAAACGAUGUGUCGCAUCUGCAUUUAUUUUUAAAAACAUAUAUAUGACAAGUACUUGUCAUUUAUCCAUGUUGUUUUAUUUUUGGUUAUGUAGCAAAAUACAAUCAAAGAUUUAUAGAUUCCGCCGUGUUUUGUAUUUUUCACUGGCUGUGAUAAGUCGUUUCAAAUAAUAUGCAAUUUUAAGGCACUGACCUCCAGAUUUUGGCUAAAAAUGAUCUUUCUUCAAAUUGAAGUUUGGUUAAAUUAUGAACAUUAGAAUAUGAGUGUUUGUUUCUGAACUAUUUUAAAAAUGGCAAAUCAAGAAUCGAACCUAGACCGCAAUAAAGAAGUUUUUCGUUAUCGUUACUAAUACGCUAUGGAGGAUUUAUUAAAUAUAGAUAUUUAUGACCCUCAAGUAAAGCGUUACAAACGCUUUUCAAUUUUCAUCGUAAAAAGUGGUAAAAACAAUUAAUUCUCAUGUGUUUCCGUAACAUAUAGUCUGUCAGUUAUUAAGCAUUUUUAAGAAAUAAGGCAUUAAUUUCCAGAUAUCUAAAAACAUCUUUUUUUGUUGUCGAACGAUCUGGAGACCAGUGCCUUUAAGUUAAUUCUGUUUCGUUACCAGAAACUUUCUUAUUCAAUUAAUGUUAAAUUAUUUGUUUUUGUGUGUUUUCUAAUAAGGUGUUUAUUCAACUUAAUGUUCAUUGAAAAGAAUAAAUGUUAUAUAAUCGUA